AUGGCCAAUCCAGUUGUCAACACCAAAAAGAGGGCUGCAGCAAUCCAGUGGGAAAAAAAUCCUGACUGGACUAACAUCUCUUUGGCUGUGCUCAAGGAUGACCCUAAACUGCGCUUGAAAUUGUUUAGUGACUCAACACAGGAUGCCAAAAAAGAAGGACGAACCAAGACCGUUGGUGCUGAUGGGAAGAAGCAACUCUUUGGCCAGUUUGCCAAGAAAGUCUUCGAACAUAGCGAUAUGAAAACCAAAUAUCCUGAUGUUGUCACCGAAUAUGAAAAAGACCCUCAACGUUAUGCAAGCUUGCUCCAGCAGCGUUAUGACCGCCUCCGGAAAUUGUAUCGCGAGUAUCGUGGCAAGUUGAAAGAAACAGGGAAGGGUGUCGAGGCCGGUGAUGAAGCCUGCAACUCAAUUGUCCAGACUCGAAAGCUUUUCCCGUUCUGGGAUGAUUUACAUGCCUUCUGGUGCGAGUUGCCCAACUACAACCCUGUUGGGGUCUCCACUGCAGACAGUGGUGUUGAUCAUGCUGCGCACACAGAAGCACUCUUCUCAAGUUCUCGAGCAAGCUCUGCAGGAGUAGACAGCCUAGGAGAGGAAGAGCUUGCUGAAAUGGCGAAUGACCCUGAUGCUGAUGACGACGAGGGUGAGGAGCCAAGCAAUUUCAGCAGCUAUGCAUCUUCAUUGUUUGGUGGUGAAGGCGAGGAGGAUGUUGCCCUUGACGAGUCUAUCCCUCCAAAGCCUUCAAAGACAGAGACCAAGCCUUCCAUGCCUCCAGCUGUCUCCAAAUCGCGUUCGGGCACAAUAAAUAAAUCCAAGAACACACUUGGACAUGCGACAAAAAAACAUGCCAUUGAGAUCUUUGACGACAACACCAAGGAAGAGGCACAAUGUAUUGAAGCCAUGCGUAACGACCGUGUCACACUCAAGCGGAAGGAUCAGGAGAUCAAGAUGAUGAGGGUUAGCAACAAACGAGCAAAGCUUGAUGCUGAAGACCGCGACAAGGAUCGGGCAUUUCGGGAGCGAGAGCAGACAUACACAGCUCAGCAACGAGACAAGGACCGCCAGCAUGAGAUCCUGAUGGGCCUGUUACAGAGCGGUGUCGAUGCGAAGGAACUGCGUGGUAUGGGUUUACUUCCACCCUCAUCUCUUGAUACAAAUGACCCAUUUAAAUUGGGCUAUUCCAUGUAA